GGGAAGCCUGGCAUGCUGCAGUCCAUGGGGUUGCAAAAAGUUGCACAUGACUGAGCGACUCAACUGAAUAGUGGGUAGGGCAGCAACUGAAUUCCGUCUUCUUUAGGGAGAAGUUACACUGUUCCUGGGACAGCCAACCGGGCCAGAUGACCUGAGUGUCCUUGGGCGGAAGAGGAACGCGAUAGGGCGCUCUGGCCCACAGACAGUCGGAGGGUCGAAGCAAAGUCAGCCCGGAAAUGGGGGAUGGCCUGGCCUUGCAAGGCCCGCCCCCGGAAAAGCGGAAGUGGGCUGGCGACAGAGAGGGCGGGCGGCCGCCCUGGCAGACGCACGAUUGGCUGCUUCUCCCUUGGGACUACCGAAGGAAAGACGCUCCAGGUCGGCUUUCCGCGCGUAGGCUCCUGGUCCACGGGCCACAGGGUUUUCUUACCCCUAGACCUGCAGUCCAGCCUCGGACGACCCUAACUAGUUCUGUCAGCCGUGCCGUCCCCUUCCACCCCCCGCCCCGGAAGAAUGCGCAUGUGCAUGCCGGUAGGCGGAGGCACGCGGCGCCGAGAGCUCAGCCUGGCGACCAAGAACUUGGGUCAGUGGGGCCUAGAGACGGGCCUGGCGGCGCUCGGCUGUUUCCCCUGGUGCUGCGGCCCGCUUCUAUAACUCGCUGGCAACUGGCGUGCUGUUUCGGGUGUUCGCGCGCUUCGGGCCCGCCCACCGGCGUCUUGAAGCUGUAUCGAGGUACAAAGAACAGUGAUUGUCAUACAACUGGAAAGAAAAGCAAAGAAAAUGCUUUUUGUUUUAGUUUGGACAAUUAAACAGAAACCUCAUUUUUAGUAUGAAGAACGGAGGAGGAAGAACAAGCCGGAUCAGAAGACGAAAACUCUUCAGAAGUUCUGAAUCAAGAGGAGUGAAUGAGAGCUACAAGCCUGAAUUUAUAGAGCUUAAGAAGUGGCUGAAAGAUAGGAAGUUUGAAGAUACAAACUUGAUUCCUGCUUGUUUUCCAGGUACAGGAAGAGGACUGAUGAGCAAGACAUCCCUGCGGGAGGGACAGACGGUUAUCUCGUUGCCUGCGAGCUGCCUGCUCACCACGGACACAGUGAUCAGAAGCUACUUAGGGGCGUACAUUGCUAAGUGGCAGCCUCCUCCAUCUCCUCUGCUGGCUCUGUGUACCUUUUUAGUGUCAGAAAAGCACGCUGGGGAUCGGUCUCCUUGGAAGCCUUACCUGGAGGUUUUACCAAAGGCCUACACCUGCCCAGUUUGUUUGGAGCCGGAAGUGGUGGAUCUUCUCCCCAGCCCUUUGAAAGCAAAGGCCUGGGAGCAGAGAAGCCACGUGUGGGAGUUCUUUUCUUCUUCUCGAGGCUUUUUCUCCUCCCUGCAGCCUCUGUUUUCUGAGGCCGUUGAGAGCAUCUUUAGCUACUGCGCCCUGCGGUGGGCCUGGUGCACCGUCAACACCAGGGCUGUGUACAUGAAGCGCCCGCCGCGGCUGUGCCUUUCCCCAGAGCCAGACACUUGCGCACUCGCCCCCUACCUGGAUCUGCUGAACCACAGCCCCGAUGUCCAGGUAAAAGCAGCAUUUAAUGAGGAAACUCGCUGUUAUGAAAUUAGAACGGCUACACGCUGUGGCAGACACAAGGAGGUUUUCAUCUGCUAUGGCCCCCACGAUAACCACCGCCUGCUCCUGGAGUAUGGAUUUGUCUCCAUCCGCAAUCCUCAUGCUUGUGUUUAUGUCUCAAAAGAUAUGCUUGUUAAAUAUCUUCCAUCCACUGAUAAACAGAUGAACAAAAAGAUUUCCAUUUUGGAGGAUCAUGACUUUAUAGGGAAUCUGACCUUUGGAUGGGAUGGACCGUCUUGGCGGUUGCUCACAGCUCUUAAAUUGUUAUGUCUGGAAGCUGAAGAAUUGUGGAUGUGGCUCCGCUUACUCGUGAGCCAAAGGACUGUGAUGCUAGUAAAACUCAGCUCCUUGCUUCUGAUCCUCAGGAUUCCUUGUUUCUUGUCUACUGUGUCUGCUUCAACUCAGGACCUGCACAUUGGCAGGAGUACAUGCUGGAAAAAAGUACUUCUUGGGGAAAUAAUUUCUGAUACAAAUGAGAAGACAAGUUUGGACGUAGCCCAGAAAAUAUGCCGUUAUUUCAUAGAGGAGACUAAUGCUGUGCUUCAAAAGGUUUCUCGCAUGAAGGAUGAAGAAGUGGCUUUGAUGAACCAAUUGACUUUGGUAGAAACACUGCGGACCGAAGAGUUGAAGAUUCUCCAGGCCUCUGCCAAGGUCCUGAUCACCUUGCAAACAGCUUUUACAUAACACACUUCACCACGUGCAUAAGGUCACCUCCUCUGGUGGGUGUGACUUCUUUCAACAUUUUUAAACUCAGGUUUAUUUUAUAUGGACUCACUGAGAGUCACCGAAGAGUUUCUAUUAAACAGUUACCUGCUCAGUCCUA